CUCCACAGUCAACGGCAGUACAUAUUUGACUUCGACUCUCUGGACCGCCUUUCUGCUGUCACGAUGCCAAGCGUGGCCCGCUACACCAUGCAGACCAUCCGCUCGGUGGGCUACUACAGGAACCUUUAUCACCCUCCGGAGAGCAACGCCUCGGUGGUUGUGGACUACAGCGAAGACGGCCUCCUUCUGAGAGUAGCUCACCUCGGCACAGGCCGGAGGGUUCUGUACAGAUACCGGCGUCAGAACAAAAUCUCAGAGAUCCUGUACGACAGCACGAGAGUCAGCUUCACCUAUGAUGAGACGGCGGGAGUGCUUAAGACCGUCAACCUGCAGAACGAAGGAUUUAUCUGCUCCAUCCGUUACCGCCAAGUGGGCCCCCUGGUGGACCGGCAGAUUUUCCGCUUCAGCGAGGACGGCAUGGUCAACGCACGCUUUGACUACACCUACGACAGCAGCCUGCGUGUCACCAGCGUGCAAGGCGUCAUCAACGAAACGCCACUGCCCAUCGAUCUAUACCAGUUUGAUGACAUCUCAGGAAAGGUGGAACAGUUUGGGAAGUUUGGAGUGAUCUACUAUGAUAUCAAUCAGAUCAUAUCCACAGCAGUUAUGACCUACACCAAGCACUUUGAUGCACACGGACGCAUCAAGGAGAUCCAGUAUGAGAUAUUCCGCUCGCUCAUGUACUGGAUCACUUUCCAGUACGAUGACGUGGGGCGAGUCACCAAGAGAGAGAUCAAGAUCGGUCCCUUUGCAAACACCACCAAGUACAGCUACGAGUACGACGUGGACGGUCAGCUCCAGACUGUGUACCUGAACGAGAAAGUGAUGUGGCGCUACACGUAUGACCUGAACGGAAAUCUACACCUGCUGAAUGCAGGAAACAGCGCCAGACUUCUUCCUCUGCGCUACGACUUGAGAGACCGCAUCACCCGCCUUGGAGACAUCCAAUACAGAAUGGAUGAAGACGGUUUUCUCCGUCAGAGGGGAGCAGAAAUCUUUGAGUAUAACUCAAAAGGACUGUUGGUGCGAGUUUACAGCAAGAGCAGCGGCUGGACCAUCCAGUACCGCUACGAUGGACUCGGACGCAGAGUGUCCACCAAGACAAGCUUGGGCCAACACCUGCAAUACUUCUACGCCGACCUGAGCUACCCGGCCAGGAUUACACAUGUAUACAACCACUCCAGCUCCGAGAUCACCUCGCUCUACUACGACCUCCAAGGCCACCUGUUUGCGAUGGAGAUCAGCAGCGGGGAGGAGUUCUACAUCGCCUGUGAUAACACCGGCACACCUCUGGCCGUCUUCACCAGCAACGGCCUGCUGGUCAAACAGCUGCAGUACACGGCGUACGGCGAGGUCUACUUCGACUCCAACCCAGACUUCCAGCUGGUGCUCGGGUUUCACGGAGGACUGUACGAACCUCUGACAAAACUGCUGCACUUCGGGGAGCAGGAUUAUGACAUCAUGUCCGGGAGGUGGACCGUUCCAGACGUCUCUACCUGGCAAAAAGUUGGCAAAGAGCCAGCUCCUUUCAACCUCUACAUGUUCAGAAACAACAACCCCAUCAGCAAAGUCCAUGAAGUGAGAGAAUAUGUUGCAGAUGUGAACAGCUGGCUUGUAACCUUUGGCUUUCAUCUCCACAACACCAUCCCCGGCUUUCCGGUCCCAAAGUUCGAUUUAAGCAUGCCGUCCUAUGAACUGAAGAAGAGUCAGCGCUGGGAUGAUUUGCCGUCUAUCUCUGGGGUCCAGCAGGAAGUAACCAGACAAGCGCAUUCUCUCUUGUCAUUCGAGCGGCUGCCAGAGGUCCAUCUCACUCGAGGUCGCAGAGGUGAAAAGUCUUGGCUGUGGUUCUCGGCGGCAAUGUCUCCCAUCGGAAGAGCCGUUAUGUUUGCCAUCUACAAGGGCAGCGUUCACACUCACACGCUCAACGUGGCCAGUGAGGACUGCAUCAAGGUUGCAACAAUCCUCAACAACGCUUUCUAUUUGGAAGACCUCCACUUCACUAUCGAAGGACGGGACACGCACUACUUUGUCAAGCCAGGCCUUCCGGACGCCGACCUUGCUGCAUUGCACCUCACCAGUGGACACAAGACUCUAGAGAAUGGCGUCAACGUGACUGUUUCCCAGUCCACCACAGUCAUGGAUAGUCGGACGCGGCGUUUUGCAGAUGUGGAGAUCCGUGCUGGUGCUUUAGCUCUCCACAUCCGCUACGGAUCCACGGUGGACGAGGAAAAAGCGCGUGUUGUCGAGCUCGCUCGUCAGCGUGCUCUUGCGGGUGCGUGGGCGAGAGAACAGCAGCGAGUGCGAGAUGGCGAGGAGGGGGUCCGGCCCUGGACAGAGGGGGAGAAGAGGCAGCUUCUGAGUAGUGGAAAAGUUUUGGGUUACGACGGAUACUAUGUGCUCUCCAUCGAGCAGUACCCAGAGUUAGCAGACAGCGCUAAUAACAUCCACUUUCUUCGGCAAAGUGAAAUUGGGAAAAGGUAACAACACGAGGUGCAUUUUCUGCCAAAGAGACUUUGUUUUGGUGGAGACAUACAAACGGACAAAAUUAAAAGCAACUGUAAUCAAAAGUUGCUGCUAUGUACCCUGAGUGUCGUGUGUUUUUGUAAAAAAGAAAAACGAAAAAAAUACAAGGGGUCAAAAGCAAUGCUGUGCAUUGUGACCUCGGGACUACAGAGUAAAUGUAUAACUACACCAAGCCUUAACAUGGCAAUUACAGGUCAGUUCCUCUGUUGCACAAGCCUUUUGGACUCUGGACUCUGACACAGAGGAAUAGUGGUGUUUUUUGGGAAACAGUGAGCUAAUUUAGGUGUUUUAUGUUUUUUUGUUUUCAUCGAGACAAGUCUGGCUCAAAGUAUUAUACGAGCAAAGGAAAUGUUUACAUUAUGCAUAUCUGCACUUCAGUAGAAGUACGGGGCUCGAGAGUUCACACUCCUGGAGCGAGCGGUGUCCUUGAGCAAAUGUUUGUUUUUAAAAUCAGAGACUUCUGACGUUAGAGAUAUCCUCACCAAACAACCACUAUGUAUACCAGAUUUAGCACUGUAAACAUUGAAAGCAUCAAAAUGUCUUAUUCUCUUUGAGAUGCUUUUAAACUGAAAAAAAAGAAUUUCCAUGUUUAAAUACCCAAUAUUCAUUGUGGAGAUUAAAAAAAAAAAAAAAAAGGACAAUGAAGGUAUGACGAACUCUGUUGUGGGGGGAAAAGGCACAGAUGUGUCUUGGAUAGCACAGGGACACCAUGUUUUGUAAAUUAUGCAAGAGUUUUAUGGCGUUUUUUUUAAGAAACUGAAUAAAUGUCUGUAUUAGUCAUAUUAACAGUAAUUUAUGUUGUGUUUAUACAUAACAAAUAAAGUCCAGCUGGUUUUAAUUUUUUUUUUUUUUUUUUUUUUUUUUUUAAUUUUUCAGCAUUUUUUUUUCAUGUUCCUCCUGAUAUGGCUAUGUGGGGCUUCUUCACAAUGCUCUGUUUAAGUAAUUAACAGAAACCUGUGCAUGUAGUGACAAGUAUUUACAAGUGGUGAUGUAUCUAUAACAUGCAGUCAACUAUUAUUUCCACUAAAUUUAAUGUUUAUUGGGCAUAAUGCCUUUUGACCUGGCUUCCUGUCCAAUGAAUAUUUCAUCAACACAAAUAUUUCAUGAACCCAUCUCACAUAAACAAGGUUACAGUGGAUCCAAAUAUAGAUCACAUCCAUGUUCUCGGUAGGUAAACUUUUUUUGGAUGUUAAAUGCACUCAUGGAUUAAAAUGAUAUUGGGGUUCUUUUUUGGUGU